GCACCUUCCCACGGGAUCUCCUGACCGCCUGUGGACACUGCUCCCAGUCCUGGCCGCCGCCCAGACCCCAGCCUGGCUCGGGACAUGCCCGCCUGCUGUGCAAGGCCAGGGCCAGUGCCAAAAUGAGCGCGACCGCCUGGUUCCUGGUGAGUGGCAGCGGCACCCGCCACCGGCUCCCGCGAGAGCUCAUCUUCGUGGGGCGCGAUGAGUGUGAGCUUAUGCUGCAGUCCCGCAGUGUGGACAAGCAGCACGCCGUCAUUAACUACGACCAGGGCAGGGACGAGCACUGGGUGAAAGACCUGGGCAGCUUGAAUGGGACUUUCGUCAAUGACGUGCGCAUCCCUGACCAGAAGUACGUCACGCUGAAGCUCAAUGAUGUCAUUCGUUUCGGCUACGAUUCCAACAUGUACGUGCUGGAGCGGGGGCAGCACCGCGUCCCCGAGGAGGCGCUCCGGCACGAGAAGUACACCAGCCAGCUGCAGGUGAGCGUCCAGGGCGUGGCGCCCACUCGGGGCGAAGCCCCCCCGGAGCAUGCGCCCUACUGCGAGUCCUCGAACCCCAGGCCAGAGAGAGGGGACCGCCGGCCGGCAGCAGAGAGCACGGCGUACCGCACGCCCCUGUACGGGCAGCCUUCCUGGUGGGGUGAGGACGACGGCAGCACCCCGCCUGAGGGACAGCGCCCGGAGGACCCCUACCCAGAGCGCCCCAAGGAGAUGGGCCAGCAGGAUGGGGAGCUCACGGGGACCCUGGCCGGCUUCCGAACCCCCAUGGAGCCUCAGGGCUGCCCCUUCAGGCGGGAGCCCAGCUAUUUUGAGAUCCCUACGAAGGAGUCCCCGCCCAAGCCCCGGGCCCCCGAGGCUCCUGCUGCACUUGAGGCUCCCACCAAGGAUGAGCCCCCCAGCGCCGGCGGGGCGCCUGUGGUGCAGAGCCACGCCUCCUUCACCAUUGAGUUUGACGAGGGCAGCCCCGGCAAGGUGAAGAUCAAGGACCACGUCACCAAGUUCUCCCUGCGUCCGCGGCGGCCCCCGGGCCGGGAGGCCACGCCUGGCGAGGUGGUCUCUGCGGAGACCAAGGUGGCCGACUGGCUGGUGCAGAAUGACCCGAGCCUGCUGUGCCGGGCCUGCCCGGGCGACGACCGGCACAGCACAAAGAGCGACCUGCCCACGCACAGCCGCACGCUGCGGGGUCACAAGCACCAGGACGGCACGCAGAGCGACUCGGAGGACCCCCUGGCCAAGGCGGCCGCGGCGGCAGGGGCCCCUGCGGACGCCGGCGGAGAGCAGGUCCGGCUUCAGCGGCAGCUCAAGCGGGACCCCCAGGAGCUGCUGCACAACCAGCAGGCCUUCGUCAUCGAGUUCUUUGAUGAGGACACCCCGCGCAAGAAGCGCUCCCAGUCCUUCACGCACACGCCGCCCGGGGACUGCAAGGCCGACCGGCGGCGCGGCCCCGGGCCGGCCGACAGAGAGCGUCCAGGCGGCCCGGCCCCUGCCCGGGCAGUGGGCAACUCCGGGCCACAGCGGGCCAGCUCCCUCAAGCGCGAGAAGACCGAGGAGCGCCUGGGCAGUACCUCCCCAGCCCCCCGCUCUGCUGCCCGCCCCUUCGGCAGCGUGGGGCGCCGCUCGCGCCUGGCCCAGGACUUCGUGGCGCAGUGUCUGCGGGAGGGCUCCCCCGGGGCCCGGCCUGGCCCGGAAAAGGCGCCCCCCGCGCUGCCCGCCCCCGUGACACCCCGUGGGACCAGCCCUGCAGCCCCCUCAACCCCACCGCCACCCCCUGCGGACCUCCCACUCAGCAAGGCUCACCGACAGGAGGAGGAUGACAGCCUCAGUGACGCGGGCACCUACACCAUUGAGACGGACGCGCAGGACCCGGAGGUGGAGGAAGCCCGCCAGAUGAUCGACCAGGUCUUUGGGGUCCUUGAGUCCCCUGAGCUCUCCAGGGCAUCCUCAGCCACGUUCCGCCCGGUCAUUGGUGGGGACAGAGAUGAGACUGGGGACAGCACAGCCCAGCGGCUGGCCCUGCUGCAGGAGCUGGCCUCCCGGCCAGGUGUCAUAGCCGCCCAGGGGGAGCUCCAGGGCCUCCCAGGACCCGGCUCCCCAGGGGGUCAGAAGUGGGCGUCCCGCUGGGCCAGCCUGGCCGACAGCUACUCUGACCCCGGCCUGUCAGAGGAUGGCACCGGGCGCAAGGGCGUGGGCCCCGAAGGGGUCCUGCCGGUGCGUCAGCGGCGCCUGCUCCCGCCACUGCCCAGCGAGAGGACAGACAGCCCAGCCGGCCCAGAGGCCGCCAGGAGGAGUGGGCCCGGGCCCCCAGAGCUGGGCAGCCAGCAGCCCGGCCGCCCUGCGGGCCAGGAGGACCUGGAGCCCGACAGCCUCAGCGACGCCAGUGGGUCGGACGGCGGGCGGGGGCCAGAACCAGGAGGGGGUGUCCCGCAAGAGGAGCGACACAGGAGCCCCCCGCAGGGCCCUGUGUGGACGAGGGGCCAGCGCUCCCCACGGGCCCCUGGGGAGCCUGGCCCUACCUCUUUCUUCAUUGGGGAGCGGAAUGGAGAGGCAGCCUGCUCUGGGAAGCCCACUGUGGCCCCAGGGGACACGCAGGCACCCCCUGCCCGGGACGGCGUCUACGUGAGUGCCAGCGGGAGGAUGGUCAUCCAGCUUCGCACGGGCCGGUCCCCAGAGCCUGAGGCCCCGGCUCCACCCAGGGAGGCCCUCGCUUUCGUCCGGCAGGAGAGCUUCACCAAGGACCCUGCCAGUGGCCCCCCGGCACCCGGCCAGCUCCCACACAUCUCCAGCCACCCUCUCCUGCAGGACCUGGCCGCAGCCCGGGCAGCUCGCAUGGACAUCCACCCCCAGGACACCCACCACAUCCUGAAGGAGACGGAGACAGCCCUGGCGGCCCUGGAGGCCCGGUUGCUCUCCAGGUCAGCGGGGGAGGUGGAGGGUGAGCUGGACAGCGCCCCCGGGCGGCCGGAGGACUCUCUGUCCGGGGACUCGGACGUGGACACGGCGAGCACCGUGAGCCUGCUCAGUGGCAAGAACGGGCCCAGCCCCACAACCACCCAGUCGGGGGUGCGGUCGGCCCUGCCCGUGGCGCCGGCCCCCGGGGUCACCGCCCCGAAUGGCACCCAGGAGCGGCCCUCGGAGAAACAGCACCGCCCGCCGGACGUGGGCCGUGGGGAGUCUGGACGGCGCCCGCCUGGGUGGCGCAGCCACGGGCCCCGGGGGUCCCUGGACUGGCCUGACGAGGAGCGUGGCAGCGGCCCCACCCACCCACCGGGCUCAGACCUGGUCACCUCUGACCGUGAGGCCCCUGGGGCAGGGCGGCCAGGGCUGCGCAGGAAACCAGCGGCUCCACCGCCGUCCCCGGCUGCCCGGGAGGAGCAGAGCCAUGGCUCUGCCAGCAGCCAGAAGGUGCAGCAGGUGCUGACCCGCUCCAACAGCCUGUCCACCCCCCGGCCCACGCGGGCGUCACGGCUGAGGCGGGCCCGGCUGGGGGAUGCCUCGGACACAGAGGCCGCGGACGGUGAGCGGGGGUCCCCGGCCAAUCCCGAGCCAGCGGCCCGGCCGGCCACCGAGCAGACCAAGAAGCUGUCACGCCUGGACAUCCUGGCCAUGCCCCGCAAGCGGGCCGGCUCCUUCACGGGGCCCAGCGACUCGGAGCCACUGCCCACGCGGACUGGCUUCUCGGGCCGCAGCAUGGAGCUGUGCUGCCCCAGCCGGCGGCCCACUGCGGCCGAGGCCCGGACCACCGGCAGGAAGACGACCAGCCCCGCGGCCACCGCCGCCCGCCAGCCCUUCAGCAGGGCGCGCCCGGGCAGUGCCCGGUACUCCUCCUCCAGUGAGUGCUGGGAGCAGGCUGGCGGGGUCCCAGUUUCCUGUGGCGGCCCGGGGACGGUGCGGGGCCCAGCUCCCCUGGCGGGGCACCCAGUGGGGCCCCCAGGCCCCGACUGUCCCGGCAAGAAAGCGGAAGCCCCACCGCCUCCAGGACGAGCACCCUCUGUCUUUGGGGCCCGGGAGGCCGCGGGCACCAGGCGGCCACCGGCCCCUCCCGAGGCGCUCUCUGGGUCUGAGUGGGCCACUGUUGGUGGUCAGGUGCGGACGCAGUCGUCUCCCCUGCCCUGGCGCCUUGGGGCCCACGGGGUCUCCGGCCUUGGGGGGCUGGGCCAGCCUCUGCAGAGCAGCGUGUGGUGCUGGAGCGCCCGCCCCAGGCCGACCUGUUUUCCGAGUGAACUGGAUGGAGAUGAGGGGCUGCUGGCCCGGUCUGCUCCUGCUGACCCCGACUGGCCCUGCUGGCCCCUGCUGGGCCCCCAGCAGCACAGCUCCUCCCAGCCUGCCCGGGCAGGGCUCCAAGGGGGGGCCAUGCACGCGCUCGCGCAAGCCAGCCAGGCCCAGCCGUGGCCUCAGCCCCCUGCGGGCACAGAGGGUCAUGCCUGGUGCCCUGUGACCGUCCUCUGGCCGCCUCCCUGCGCCGGCAGGGUCCUCUUCCAGAACUCGGGGCGUGCGUGGGAGGAGCUGGAGGCCAGGAUCAACGCGGAGAACGAGGUUCCCAUCCUGAAGACGUCCAACAAGGAGAUCAGCUCCAUCCUGAAGGAACUGAGGCGGGUGCAGAAGCAGCUGGAAGUUAUCAACGCCAUUGUGGACCCCAGCGGGAACCUGGACCUGCUGACUGGAAACCAGGGCCGCGUGAGCUCAGCCCAGCCGGGAAAGGGUCGGCCCGCAGCCCAGAGCACGUCCUCGCCCGCCGUGGCCGACACCCUAUUGCCCACCCUGGCUCUGCGGGGCUACCCGCGGGCCAACUGUGGGUCCCCUGGCCUCCCAGACCCCGCCUUCCUCCCUGACUUCCUCCCAGACGCAGAGAGGUUCCUGAUCUAGGUGCCCGGCCGCCCUGCACCCUCCGCCGCCGCCCCCCUCGGCUCACUACCCAGACCCCCAGGCUAUGACCCAGCCGCACCGCCAGCCUGGCCCCUUCCCAGCCCGGCCAGCACCCACCGGGUGUCCAGGCCCUCCCGGGCCCCAGGGCUGCAGGCCCAGCUCCUGCCCAAGGCCCGGCCCCUCCACCUGCCCACAGGGCCGCCCUCCAUCCAGCCCACCCCCUUCCAUCUCUGUUGUUUUUGUUGUUAGCUUUAAAGGAAAGAGUCGGUGCCAUCGCCGCCUCCCUGGGGGGCUCUGCCCGAGGCCUGGGCACCGGCCCGACCUGCCCAGCAGGUGGGCUGGGCCUGGGUUGUUCAGUGCCAAACCCGCCCCAGACCCAGCGACCGGCCUGAAAGUAACCAUGUGGAUGUGGGGCAGGGACCCACGGCCUAGUGCCCUGGUGUGACCCUUGAGGCCCACACCGCGCCCGGCACACCGGUCAGCCAGCCUGCCCCUGCGAAGCCUGGUGCAGGGUACCCUGGGCUGGGGAGGGCCGGCCAAAGCGCCCGAGCGGCUGGAAAGCAGCUUCCGGAGGCUUGAGCCAUGGCCUCCCGCCGCCCCGUCUGCUGCUGUGGCCCUGAGCCCUGGCCCGGGCGGGGUGGGGGACAGGGACAGAUUUCUCAGGAUGCGUCUGUGGGGACCUACCAGGUGAGCUACUGGAUCCUCGCGACCAGACGUCCGGAGCCCAGAGCCAAAGAGCUGGCUGGCCGUGGGCUGCGGUGGGUGCUGCCAGGGGCGCCCAUGGCCUCUGCGGAGCCCGGUGUCCAUGUGGGGGCAGCGGUGUUUACAUGGAGCGACGUGGCGCCCAGCGCGGCCCAGCCAGGACCCACCGCUUCUCGGAGGCCCCUCUGCGUCGCCCUCAGCGUCACGACGUCUUUCAGAAAUGGUUAUUUUAUAUGAUUUAUCAUAGAUUUGUUCUAAUAAAUCAUUCUUCUAUCACG